AUGCGAACCCAGAAUUAUUCCAUCAACCGAAAAUUGGAUCCAAAAGCACGUGUUGAUGUUGAUACUCGCGCUCGACUGGGCUUCUACACCAUAUGCAAGCAACAAAGCAUAUUCAAUAUCGAGCCGCGUACGGCUCUGAGCAUCUACAAUGACUUCGUUGCGAAAACGAAAACAACUUCCCAUAGCGACAACGUUUUGCGGAUAGUCGAGAAAUACAACCUCCGAUUGAUUGAUAUUACAUCUCUUGCGAUGGCCACAUUCAAAGUACCCGAUCUCAGCAAUCCAGAGAUAAGAGCUCGACUGCCGCCUAGUCAGCACAAAGAAGUCGCUGUUAUGCUUCUGCAAGGAUGUGCGCAAGCUGGGGAUCCUCUCGCGAUCGUACACAUCCUGACUGUCGUCUACCUUGGCAGUUUGGGCAACCAGCCCGCUCAAGAGAUUGCAAGGCUCUUUCCACAGAAAGAUAUCGCCCAAUACCGCCAGCUGCUCGACACGAUUGACUUGCAGACCUUGGAAAAGACUCCAACUCUAGUAGUUGAAGUUUUGACUCUAAGAGGACUCUUCCUUGAGCAAGCAGGACAGAAGCAAGAGGCCAUAAAAGCAUACCAAGAAGCCAUCAAGCCUUCAACUCUUAAUGAUCAAACUGGAAGGCCAUUAACACAUGCGAUGCAAUUUCCCAUUAUAGCACCCUGGAAUGCGCUCGGUUAUCUACUCAAGGCAGACAAAGAUCCGAAAGUACAGGCAGAAGCCCAGUCAUAUUUCCAGAAAGGCGCUCUCGAAGGUGAUGAUCCGCUUUCAUACUACGAACUCGCAGCCUAUGAGCCGAAAACAAGCGAAAAGUGGUUGCGGUAUACGAGCAAAGCAGCAGCAUCCGGUCACAGACAAGCCAUACUGGACCUCACUGGCUUCUAUCAAGAAGUGGCAGCAUCGAACUCGUCUGUUUUAGAAAACGGUAGCAUACGACAUGCGCUCAACUGGUUACUGACCUGGAGACGCGGAAGCGCCUCGAAGCUUGCGCGAGAGUGGUUACAUGUGGCGUCUGUCGUUGGACACAAACCUUCCAUGUUACAACUUGCGGAGUAUCACAAGUCUAUUGGUCAUGAAGAAGAAUACAGGAAUUAUUUGCGUAUGAUAGUCGAUUCUGACAGCGCGGCCCUUUACAAGGAAGAGGCACCACAGCUUGUGCAAGUUGCGAGGUUGCGGCUUGCGGGAACCCGGUAA